AUGCCAACGGCGCUGGUGACCAGCGGGGACCGCAGGCGUGGCUCGAGGACAAGUUGGUGCAGUCGGAGUUUGGGAUCACGCCGGCGACGGGGGUGGGCGGGCGUGAGACCAGGCCCCACGUGCAUCCGCGGCGUUUUUCUACGCGGGAAAGAGGAGGAGUACCGCGGCAAAAAACACAUUGACCCGCACCACAUUGGCCUUUCCGACGAAACGAAGCGGGAGGAAGGUCGUUACGGGAAGAGGCGGGUGCAAGGCUUCUCGGGGGGCUGCAAAGACACCGUUUUCAGUCUCCUGGGCGGGAGUGACAACGGUGCACCGCCGGAACCGAAUCGAGUGAAGCCACUCAGCAAGCAUUCAAGCACCUCGGUGCAGGUGGCAGAGGCGCGUGUCUUGGACAUUGCCAGGAACCCGUCCUACGCUGAGGCGGCGCGUGAGGUUCUGCGCCACGCCGGAAAUCCAUCAAUUGUGCGUGAAGAAGAGCGCCUCUCGCGGCGCAUUGCUGCAGUGGAGUAUGCGAAGGGAAGUCGUGCGCGGUGUGCGGCGCUCCAGGAGCAGCACAAAGCAGUCGAUUUGGGAACACCAGGCGAUAAGAUUCAGGUCCAGGUGCCUUUUGCGCUUGACCAGUCUGCACCACGUCCCGACAAUGUCCCGGAGCAUCGCGGGGUGCACUAUCGUAACGCGGAGUCUAGCCCGCAGCCAGAAAAGCCUGCAAGACGCUGCGGUGGCGCAGCGCAACACCGCGGACUGCGGGACCACGUGCAGCUCUCGCAGAACGAGUACCCUGACCCCCCCGCUGUUGGCGUUCGUACGGUGCCGCGUAUAUCAACACGGCCGAGCUCUUCGCAACAAAGGUCAUCAGCGUGUCUUGAUGAGGAAAUGCUUCGCCGAUCACGGGCCCGUUGCCACCAGAGCGCAAGCCAGCGAAUGCCAGACUUUAUUUUUGGCCGUCCACCCCCACCCGAAGCACCACACAAGACACUUCGUGGUAUUACCGAAGAGCGCUGGAAAAAAGAGGAAACCCGCGCGGCGGAACGACGCACCGGGCGGGCGAUGACACACCAAAGUCACAAAGUAACUGCCUUGUGGUGA